AUGUCUUACAGAGGAGAUAGUUAUCAUAACCAAGACGGUGGCUAUGGCAGAGGCUAUUCUGACGGAGGUAACCGCGGUAGUUAUAGAGGCGGCGGUGGCCGUUACAACUCUCGUGGUUCAUACGGAGGUGGUAGAGACGGUUCUUCAUAUGGUGGCCGUAAGAAUGACUUCUACGAGUCCGAAGCAGGUGCCAACUUAGAGAAGAAGGAUUGGACGAACGAAACUUUGACUCCAUUCCAAAAGGAUUUUUAUAAGGAGCACGAAGAUGUUAGCAACCGUUCCGAUGCUGAAGUUGACGCUUACCGCAAAGAGAAGGAGAUCGUCGUUCAUGGAUUGAACGUUCCUAAGCCAGUUACAAACUUCGAUGAGGCUUGUUUUCCCAACUACGUCUUAAAGGAAGUUAAGCAAUUGGGAUUUGAAGCCCCAACAGCCAUUCAACAACAAGCUUGGCCCAUGGCUAUGUCUGGUCGUGACAUGGUUGGUAUUUCUGCAACUGGUUCUGGUAAAACUCUUACAUACUGCUUACCCGCAAUCGUCCACAUUAAUGCUCAACCAUUGCUUGCUCCAGGCGAUGGCCCCAUUGUUCUCGUUUUGGCUCCUACACGUGAGUUAGCAGUCCAAAUCCAAACUGAGUGCACCAAGUUUGGCCGUUCCUCUCGUAUUCGUAACACUUGUGUUUAUGGUGGUGUUCCUCGUGGUCCUCAAAUUCGUGAUUUGAUUCGUGGUGUAGAAAUUUGCAUUGCAACCCCUGGUCGUCUUUUAGAUAUGCUUGAUGCCAAUAAGACAAACCUUCGUAGAGUUACUUACUUGGUUUUGGAUGAAGCUGACCGAAUGUUGGAUAUGGGUUUCGAACCUCAAAUCCGUAAAAUCGUUGACCAAAUUCGUCCUGAUCGUCAAACUUUGAUGUUUUCCGCUACAUGGCCCAAGGAGGUUCAACGUCUUGCCCGCGACUACUUAAAUGAUUAUAUUCAAUGUACCGUUGGUUCUUUGGACUUGUCUGCCUCCCAUAACAUUAAGCAAGUCAUUCAAGUCGUAGACAACUCUGAAAAGAGUGCACGUCUCGGUCGUGAUAUUGAAGAGAUUCUGAAGGAUCGCGUUAACAAGGUUUUGAUUUUCACAGGCACAAAACGUGUUGCUGAUGAUAUUACUCGAUUUUUAAGACAAGAUGGAUGGCCCGCUCUUGCCAUUCAUGGUGACAAGGCUCAGGAUGAGCGUGAUUGGGUAUUGGGAGAGUUCCGUUCUGGAAAAUCUCCUGUAAUGGUUGCAACUGAUGUUGCUUCCAGAGGUAUUGAUGUCAAAGGAAUUACUCACGUUGUUAAUUAUGACUUCCCAGGAAACACUGAAGACUAUGUUCACCGUAUUGGACGUACUGGACGUGCUGGCGCUAAAGGUACUGCCAUCACCUACUUUACUUCUGACAACUCCAAGCAAGCUCGAGAGUUGGUUGGCAUCUUGCGGGAAGCCAAGCAGGAGAUUGAUCCCAAAUUAGAAGAGAUGGUCCGUUACUCUGGUGGAGGCGGUCGUUUCGGCGGUGGAUAUCGUAGAGGUGGAGGUUAUGGUAGAGGAGGAUUCCGCCGCGGCGGUGGUGGCUACGGCGGUGGUCGUGGUCGCUCCUUUACUGGCAGUAAUAACCAACCUCUUAGUCACUCUAAAUGGUAA